GACUCUCUCCAACGGUAUGUUGUUAGUGUUCAUGUCCUCCACCUUACUAUUUUAUUGCCUGCCUCUACAUUAAAUGCAUAUGAAGGUCAGGCGAUGGCUAUCAUUAUUUUUCAAUGUUCUCUAAUUAUUUAUCUCCUCUGUUUCACUUGCCUUCUCGGACUCAACUCGGGCCCUGCAAAUUGGCCGGGCACCAGCCGUUUGGGUGGAGGCCAUUUGCAGUCAGCUCUGCCAAAUCCAUCCCAGCGCCACGCAGUCUUCCGGCGUCAAGAAGAGCAGGUGGGCGCUCAUUCUGGCAGACGACGGGGCCAUCAGGGAGGCAGUACUGACCUCCCAAGGUUGAUGGCCCAGAUCAACCUUCAGCUCUUUGAGCUGAAUCAAAGGACCAUCAGUCAGUGGUACUCCCGGGGUCAGAGGAAGAGGAUGGUGCUGCAGCAGGGAUUGGGGCUCGCUGCCGCCCCCAGCUUCACCGCCCAGGGUCACCGCCAAGCCCCUCCCCUCAGCCCCUCCACUACCAGCAGAAGGGCCCAUGCCAGACCACCCAGCAAAGAGAGCCCGUCCAUUCUGCCAGCCCACCUGGAGCAACAACCCCCCGCACAUCUCGGCCCCUCCCAACCUCCUCCAGUGCCAAGGACAACGGCUUGGAGGAAGAAGAGGAUGGCGGAGGACACAGAGGAGGACACAGCCGGGAAGAGAAGGCAACGUGAGCAGUGUGUCUGCGCCAAAAGCGGUUUGCUCGAGACGGGCCACAGCCGCUUCGGCAGCGAGGCGUUCUGCUCUGUUGCUGCAGGGGGUAAGAACGUGGCCCAGUGGCUGGUAGAAAUGAAGGACACUAAGGGGCGAGGUGAAGAACACUGAGCCACUGGCUGGGUGGUCGGAUGUUGUUUGUUAUUGUAAAUAGUUCACUGUUCCCCGCUACCUGGACCGAGACCUUGAGCGCAGUGUAGAGGCUUGUGUGUGUUGAGGACCCUCAGAGCUAUAUUGUCUGUAGUCUAUAAGACUACUGGUAGGGUAACCCAUGGUAGGCAGUUCUGAGGCGAGACACCAGACUAACAUCGGUCCAUUCCCAAACAAAAUACGGUUUUUAAAAAAAAGUUUAAAAAGAGGAGACAUUAAAAUAUACAAAUAUAAAUCAAACAUGAUUUAUCAACACAUCUUCAGGUGAAAACUAAACUUCUUGGUAGAGCUGGUGUUUUUCUCGACAGCAGUAGCUAGAACACAUAGGUAAAACAAGGUAUGACUAGCUUACCUUUUGCAUACAUUUCUGUCCACAUUUCGGGUCAGUGGCCCAGAUGCACUGGGCUACACACACCCCGUAUAUUAGAGGAAUUGUGGUGUGUUAUUUUGUGUGUAGAGAUUGCUGACAUUCAUUUAAUGUUUACUGGAUUUACAUUGCAAUAAUUAUCUUGCAUUUCAU